AGGGCGGACACGUGACCUCCGGACACACACUGUCCACUGUCCACACAGAGACCGGCAGGAGAGGCUGCGACAUCGCGGAGGCACCAUGAUCCUCGUUCACACGGCGCUGCUUUUCAUGCUUUAUGGAGGAGGCUGCAGCCAGGAGCAAACGUUCCUGGUGAUGGGCCCCCGGGUGUGGCGAGUGGGCGCUCAGGAGCCCGUGCUCGUCCAGAGCUUUGGACACACAGAGAAUCUCCCCGUCCGGAUCUCCGUACUCAGUUACCCCGAUAAAAAGAGGAAGUUCUCCACCCAGCACCUGGAGCUGACCCCCGCCAACAACUUCCAGGGGCUGGCCACCCUCCAGUUACAAGUGAAGGAUUUCCCCCGGAAGGACGGCACCGCGCAGUAUGUGUAUCUGGAGGCUCAGUCCAAGUCAUUCACCAAGGAGGAGCGUGUCCCUGUCACACAUCGCAACGGCUUCCUCUUCAUCCAGACCGACAAACCCGUCUACACCCCCGACCAGUCCGUGAAGUUUCGGGUCUACUCCAUGGAUGAAGAACUGAGGCCGGCGCGCCGAGACGUCACUGUCACCUUCAAGGAUCCGGACGAGGUGAAGAUGGAUGUGAUCACGCAGCCGGACGCCACUGGAAUCGUCUCCUUUCCCGACUUUAAGAUUCCAGCCAACCCCAAAUUUGGGACAUGGAAGAUGGAAGCUGUCUACGGCGCAGACUACACGACCGCCACCGCUGCGGUGUUUGACGUAAAGGAAUACGUCCUGCCCAGAUUCUUUGUCACCAUCGAACCGAAGCAAAACUAUAUAUCGUACGAGACGUUCGACACGUUCACCAUAACGGUGAAGGCAAGUUAUUAUUACACUAAAAAAGUGGAGCGGGCGAAAGUCUUCAUCCGCUACGGGUUAAUAGAGAGCGGCAGGCGGAGGAUGAUGGCGAACUGCAUCGAUGUGCAGACAAUGACUGAUGGAGAAGCCGUGUUCCAGUUCCGGGGGCAGCAGGCGGUGCAGGAGCUCGGAUAUUCGCAGCUGGAGGAGCUGGACGGAGCCUUCCUGUAUAUAACGGCCACGGUGGAGGAGACGGAAGGUUCUCAGUCUGAAGAGAGUGAAAACUCAGACGUCAAGUUUGUGACCACUCCGUACACCCUGAAACUGAUCAGGACCCCGCUCUAUGUGAAGCCCACGCUGCCCUACUACGUGAAGGUGAGAGAAGACAGAACGUUCUGUCAAACUACUGUAUAA